UCCUGCAGGUGAUAAAGUCCUCUCUAUCCCUGCGCUCGCGCCGUCCAUUUCGUCUCGGAAAUCUUUAUGAUUGUGUAAAUGAAAAUUUAAUCCCAGGAAUAACUCUCUGGGACCAAGCAACACUAAAGGGAAAAACAAUUCAACAUCUUGAAACCUCGAAAUUCUCCAUAAUUGCAUCUGAUUCAUUGGAAAAGAAAAGCAAUGCUCUUGAUAUAAAUGCUGAAAUGAAGCUAAGUUUUUCUGCCGGUCUGGUUGAGGUCUCGGGGUCUGCAAAGUACUUAGACAAUGAGAAGUCUUCUAGCAAACAAGAAAGAGUCACUCUACAUUAUAAGUGUACUACUAAAUCGGAAGAGAUGACGAUGGAGCAGCUUGGUCCUGGGAGAGUGGAACAUCCUGAGGUAUUUGACAAAGGCACUGCAACACAUGUAGUCACUGGAAUAAUAUAUGGGGCUCAGGCUUUCUUUGUUUUCGAGAGAGAUUGUUCCUCCUCUUCACAUGACAAGGAAGUUCAUGGAGAUCUGAAUGUUAUGGUUAAAAAUUUACCGAAAAUUAAUAUUAAUGGGAGUGGAGAGCUAGACAUUUCCGAGCAUGAUAAGAAGAAAGUAAAGAAAUUUACUUGCAAUUUCGAUGGAGAUUUUCUUCUUCCUGAAAAUCCAUGUUGCUACGAAGAUGCUGUUAAGGUUUAUAAGAAAUUACCACAUCUUUUAGGAGAGAAAGGAGAGAAAGCUGUACCAGUCAAAGUUACCCUGUAUCCUCUAACACUGUUGGAUAACAAAGCCUGUAAACUUGACCGUGCCAUUAGUGCAGAUUUGACCAUUAAAACAGAAAAUGUAUUUGAAGAAUUCCAUUCGCUGACUGUGCGGUGCAACGAUUUAGAUAAUACUCCUGUAGUAGAAGCAAAUAAUGCCAUGCAAAGGAAAAUAUCUGAAUUUAAAUCACUGAUUACUGCUUAUAAGUUGAAACUACAAGGGGAUCUGUCAGAGUUACUACCUGGAAUCAGAGGUGGUGGUACCGAGGAAUCCCGUCUAGCUGAACUUCUUAUGAAAAAAGAAGCCUCUCCAUAUAGCUACCAUAACUUAGACACUUGGCUUAAAGAUGAAGAAAAACGUGUCAAAAUUCUCAAUGAAUAUAUCAAAAUGUUUUCAGAUAUAAAGUUUGCCUCCCAGCCUAGUGAUUUUGACUCCAUAAUUAUGAGUCCUGAGAAUGACUACGUUAUUUUGCUUUAGAUUUCUUCUGCCACAAGACAACUCUCAACUUCAUAAAAUGAAAUUAUAUAAUACAAGAGAAUAUGACAGUAAAAGUGACCAUACUGAUGAAGGAAGGAAACCUGAGAACAGCUUGUCGACAAAAGAUGUACCUGGAGUAGAUAUAGAUGAUAAAAUCUCCAUAAUGGAGAAAGCCAUACUGUUUAGAAACUUUCAUGGCUCUAAUAAAAGA